AUGUGUCCAAAUGUAGCAAAGAGAAUUGGUGCAGCAACCUAUACCACUGUCGUCUUCGCCUUAGUUCCUUCUGUUCUCGGAACAAACGGCAGACCGUCACAGGAUUGCUCAUCAGACCCUAAAGAGGAAUACGACAAAGGUCUACAUAUAGCGGCAAUCUUCAUUGUUCUGGUUUCAUCCGCCUUAGGGAUCACUCUACCUAUUCUCACGAAGGGUUUGGCUUCUACGAGGAGAAGAGCUAGGAGGAUAUGGGAUGAAGCAGUCUUCGUAUCUAGAUACUUUGGUACCGGGGUCAUUAUCGCGACCGCAUUCGUCCAUCUGCUUUUUGAGGCGUUCGAGCAGCUUGAGACGGAGUGUAUUCAAUUGGCUUACGAUCCGACUGCUCCUGCGAUAGCUAUGGCAUCACUAUUCGUUAUAUUCGUUAUUGAUUUAGCUGUCGCCAGAACACUCAGAAAGCGCAAGAAACAAAUGAUGUUGUUGAGUGGUUUAGAUGCUUCACAGCUCAAUGACAUGAAAAUCUCUCAGCAAAGUUCACCUGAAGAUCCACAAUUGAAUGACGAGUUACAAGAGAAGAUCAAUCAAGUUGAGACUUUGGUUAACAGGGAAAAGUAUCUCGAUGUGCUUAUUAUCGAGGGCGGUAUUGUAUUUCACUCGGUAAUGGUCGGUUUAGGGCUUGGUGUUACUGCUGGCUCUGGUUUUGCCCCGUAUUUGAUAGCAAUUGUUUUUCAUCAAAUGUGCGAUGGAUUUGCUAUCGGUACACGCAUUGCGGAUGUCAAGUUCACUAGUAAGAAAUACCUUCGCUUAACGCUUAUGUGCUCUGUUUACUCAUUGAUCACUCCAAUCGGUAUAGCAUUAGGAGUAAUUUGCUACUCAUUCUUUAACGCAAAUUCUCCUCCGACAAUCCUUGCUAUUGGUGUUCUUGAUUCUAUCUCUGCUGGUCUACUUAUUUAUGGAGCUACAGUUGAUCUCUUGGCGAAAGAUUUCUUCAUGGGAGAUGGUGGUUUAGCAGAUGCUUCCGACAAGAGAGUAGCUGGAGCUAUCUUAUCGAUGCUUCUCGGUGCUAUGGUAAUGUCAAUUUUGGGUCAAUGGGCUUGA